AUACAGCACAGGCGUACGUGCGUGCGUGCAGGCGGACGCGCCUGGGAGUGUUACAGCAUCAGUUGGGGAGAGAUGACAGCAUCGUGUGCCGGCUGCGCCGGAGAUGGGAGGCAUGGGAGGUGGGGUGAGGGUGAUUGCGUUUCAGGCGCGGUUGCUUUUCUGGUGCGGGUCGGUCGGGGCAUAUGAGCAUGGCAACCGCCCAAAGACAAAAAGCACAGGAAAAAGUCAUGCGCGUACCCGCGCCAGAAAGGGGGCAUGGGAGGGGGGGGGGGGAGGCCCGAGGUCCGAGGAACGACGGAACCGAGAGGCAGCAGAGUCAAGGGCGAGCGCCCACCCUGCAGCCUGCAGCCUGCAGCCUGCAGCCUGCUAGGCUCUGGCCUCUGGUCUGUCGCCAGCCAGACUCUGGUCUCCGGGCUUUUGUACUGCAAUAAGAGUGUGGUGAU